CUAACACGACGACGUGUCGCGCGCACUGCUAUCGCUGGAGAUUCUCAUUUCGGUUUGGCUCGCGGCUUUUUCGAAACGCGACAAUUAUUAAAUCAAUACUGGAGUGACGUUGGAUGCACAUCGAAGGGUUGCGUGGCUGGUGAUGUGCAGGAGUGCGUGAUAAUAACGAGACAAAAUAUUAGAGCUGUAAUAAUUUAGUGAAAAAUACCGGGCGCGGGAGAUAUGAACUUUAUCUUACGAGUCUCAGAUACAGAUACCUUAUCCUGAGGAACGCUCUAGGGCCUAGGCCAGUCGCACAAGUGCAAAGUUUAAGAGUUAUAUUGCAAAAGUGAAACCUACGAAUUUUCUACUCUCGUGAAAGAUUUAAAAAGUGUGUUUCGAAAAAUCAAGAAAAGAUAUGAAGUUUAGUGGGGUCUAACUUUAUGGUUUUUUUUUAUCUUUAAACCGCGCGCAAAUGGAAUAAUGAUCGACGAGGAUUCUGUGAUAUUGACACCGAAAUUUUACUUCGUCACGGGUAUCCAAAGGAAUAAGACUGUCUGAAGUAUUGAGCGAGUGUUUAUUAGCCUUCCGGAACAUUUUCCGGUUGGAAUCGGAAACUCAUUUUCUACAGUCUCUUCCCCGUUUCUUACGGGACACAGUUACUAUCUCUUUGACAAAUAGUGAAAAACAGAGAAAGAAGCGGUGAAACUGAGACAAUUGUCAAUGAUAAUUCAAUUCGUGGACUUGGUGGAAAAUUAUCGGUCCAUUUCGUUGUUUCGAACUUAUGUGCAUAGAGAUUAAAUUGUGAACGGAGAGUGGAUCGUGGCAAGGAUUUGGAAUUUGCCAGAUUACCUGAAGCUCAGGAAGUUCUACUCUGCGACAGUCCAAUAAAUUUCCAGGAUCGAAUGACAACCUGAAGAAUUGAUUAGUCAAAGCACCAUGAGGAUCUUGCUGCUUCUGGUGGCUCUUGUCUUCGAGAUGCAUCUCUUUUUCACUGAGAGCCAGGCCAGACAUCAACAAGACUCCAGCAGCAAUAACUUGCCCGCACCGGCAAAUGAGCCGAAUGAAGAAAAUGAAGAGCUUUUGGACGGACCAAUUAGGGAGGUUUUGGCUCAAACAGGAGGUACAGCUACUCUUCCGUGCAAGCUCUCGGAUCCAGGCGCUGCCCCUAUUACGUGGAUACGUCGUCGAGACAGGCAAUUGUUAACUGUCGGUGCUGCUACCCACUCAGUUGACACAAGGUUCAUGAUUCGACCUUCCAGUUCUGAUUGGACUUUGUUGAUUCGUACAGUAACUCUUGAAGAUGCAGGACUUUACGAAUGCCAGGUAGCCACGCAUCCUGUCCAGCAGUAUUUCGCACGUCUGCAAAUCACAGAAGCGUACUCAGUGAUCCCCGGAGCACCAGAUUUGCACGUGAAGCAGGGCUCGAGUCUUCGAUUGGAGUGUCACUUGAUGGCAGCAACGGAACCGCCGGUUUACGUAUUCUGGUACCGUCAGGGUCGUAUGAUAAACUACGACAUCGAACCAGGUGUGAAGGUAGAACCGACUAAGACCGGCUCGAUUCUCGUGGUCGAGAAAACGAAGCCAAGCCACGGAGGAAAUUACACGUGUGCCCCCAGCAACGCGAAGCACGCAUACGUGAUGGUCCACGUGAUCGAAGAAGAGGAGAAACCAGCAGCCAUGCACGGCGGCGACAGGAGGAAUUUGAGUCCUGCAAUUUUAGCCAGCAACUUUCUCAUCUCUUUACUGGCCGCCGUAAGCUGGAGGAUACCAAGUUUUACGAGCCUCUACCCGACGUGAAGCGAGGGAAGAAGUUUGACUGGGUCGAGGUCUUGGAGCGAAGUUAUCCCUUGGGACAAAGACGGAAACGUACCGAACGGUACGGAGAACCGCUCCGAAUCCUUUCACUUAUCCCUGUAGAUUACGGGCUCGCACGAUGCUCAUCGACACUCGAUCGCAAGGAUGACGCUCUGAGCGUUUGAUCUACAUCCUCGCCGAUCGAUAUCCGAGAGUUGCAAAAUCAAACAACAGAGUAUAUCUUUAUUUUGUCACGAGUAGUAGAGUCCGAUUUAAUAUAACCAAUGAAAGGAAUAGAAAAGGCGUUAUGGUGAAAUAGGAACACGAUUACGUUGGGAAUUUCUUUCUUCGGAAUGACAUUCAGAUUCGAUUAGAAUAUAACAGCGAUAUAUUUAUAAUUUAUCUAUAUAUAACUAUAGUCUCUCUUUUACGUAUCGAACUUCGAGGGAAGGAAUUCCUCUAUUCGUGCGAGAGUAUCUUUUUCCUUAAUCAGAAUGGGAUAUUCUUAUAAAUUCUAAGCAAGCAGAUCGAGUGACGAUGACUUUCGUCACAGUAUAACGUUCUCUCAUACGUAAACGAGCAAUUAUUGUCUCUCUUGCAUAAAUGGAUUUCAAACCCUAGUCGUAAUACUCUACUAACGAUAAUAAUAUUGCGGUUCUUACCGAUCGUAUACUGUGUACCACUAUAUGUAGACAUAUUUUCUUCGACGUAUUUAUUGUGCAGCCCAUAAUUUACGAAUAAGACCGCGACUACUUCCUGAAUCCGAUGGUGUUUGAUGUUUAAGAGAUGUUUUUCUUACUAAAGUAAACGCACGUCGACCCCAAAACAAAUAAUUUUCCUCAUCCAACAUAAACUCAGUGCGUUAAUCGUGUGAGAUGGUAAGACUUUAAUGACAUUAUACUGCAUAAGACCAUGUGCUCAUCGACAUUAUUUAUCCUCGAUAAAUGGAAUCAAUGUAAAUAACAGACUUAUGAUAACUCAAAAUAAAUCUAACGUAAAUACACA